AUGUUUUCAAAUUCAUCAACUAGUAUUCUUAUAAAAUUUACUGAACAUUAUGCAUUAAUUCAUGGAAGAAUUGUAUUUCCAUUAACAAUAUUGGGUAUAUUAUCAAGUAUAGUAACAAUAAUUGUACUUAAUAGAAAACAUUUUCAAACUCCAACAAAUUUAAUUUUACAACAUGUGGCAUUUUUUGAUACAAUUGUAUUAAUAUCAUACAAUAUAUUUUCAUUAUAUUUUUAUAUAAUUCAUGAUCCAAAUCCAUUUGUUGGUCAAUCAAUAUUCUGGCCACGUUUUGCAAUCAUUCAUUCUAAUAUUGGUUUAACAGCACAUACAAUUGCAUUAUGGUUAACUUGUCUUCUUGCUAUUAUUCGAUAUGUAAUUAUAUCAAAACCAAAACAAAUUUCAGUUAAUUCAACUCAUGUAACAAUUCUUAUUUGGAUUGUUGUAUUUACAAUAUGUUUAUUAAUGAUACCAAAUUAUUUAUCAUGGAGUGUUGUUACUCAUCCUGCACAUCAAUAUUAUCCUCAUGUAUAUAGUGAAAAUUCAACUGAAAUUAUCCAUUGGGUUAGUGCAGUAACAGGUGGACGAUUAGAAAAAAUGUCAUUUGCUAUAUUAGCAUUAUGUUUUAAAAUAAUACCAGUCUUUAUUUUAAUUGUAUUCAGUAUAUUAUUAAUAUUAAAUAUUCGUCAUGCACGUCGAUUACAUGAACGUCUUAGUCGACGUUAUCCGAGUGUAUCAUCAUCUUCAUCACGUUUAAAACGUGAAUUACGUACAACAACAAUGCUUGUAUUUAUAACAUUAUUUACUGUAUUGGUUGAAUUUCCUCAAGGUCUUUUUUUAAUUGCUGCUUGUAUUGAUAAACAUUUUUUUAAAUUAUAUUCACAAUUGGGUGAUCUAUGGGAUAUAACAUCGAUUGGUUCAUCAUUUAUCACAUUUAUUAUGUAUUGUUUAAUGUCUCAACAAUUUCGUAUCGAAAUGUAUCAAAUUAUUUUACCUAAAUGUUUUACUAAAAAUAUUAAUCAAUUAAAUACAAAAAAUAAUCAAUCAAGUAUUAGUAUUACUUUAAAACAAAAAGGAACAGGAACAAAUACGAUGUUACUAACACAAGUUCCUACACCAAUACCAGAAGAUUUAUAG